UCACUUCCCACUGGGGAGGACCACCUAGCACAUAGGUGCUUGUCCCCCCCUAUACCAGCACAUAAGGGGCUCCUGAUGGCUCUGGACCCUGCUGAGCUGCUGCCAGAGGAGGAGCCCCACCUGCCGCUCUUCGGGCUCCCCACCCCCGCCGAGGGACUUGGCUUGGCCCCGCUGGUGCAGGGGCUGAGUGCGGUGCUGGGGCCGGACGGGCUCACUGCGGACCUGCGGGGGGAGCUGCAGCAGGCGAAGGCGACGCUGGCGCUGCACAGGAGGACGUGGCUGCACUGGGACGGGCUCUGGAGGGCGCUGCAGGAACUGCUGUGGGACCCGCGUGGGAUCGAGCCCCCCACCCGCUGGGAACUGGAGCUGCGUUGUGGGGUGCAGGGCAUCGCCCAGGCACUGCCCCCAAUGGAGGCACCCCCUGCACCGCUGCUUUCCCUGCUGGAGCUCCGCCUGGCUGCCAAGGUCUUGGACCUCUCCAUUUACCACGCGGGGGAGGCUGCCCCGGAGCUGCCAUUGUCGGAGGCAGCGCCGACAUUGGCUGAGGAGCGGGAUGCCCCCCCUGCGGUGUUGCGUCUUGGUGUGGCCCUGAGGGAGGAGGCACAGCGGCUGCAGCGCGCCCGGUGGCGACGCCAGCACCUGCAGGGGGCGCUGCAGACCCAGCGCAGGCGCUACCAAGAGGUGCUGGGCCAGUGCUGGGCCUUGCUGGGGGCCUUGGCCGGUGCCCACUGUGCUGGAGCCCUGCAGGAGCUGGACCAGCAGCACGGGCUCUACCUGGAGGGCAAAGGGGUGGCGCUACUGCUCAAGAUACGGCUGGAGGAGUUGGGGCUGCUCCUUGCUUCCUACCCUCCACUCACCGUAGCUGCCCAUCAAUGCAUCAAGCACAGCAUCUCAUUGGCCAUGGAGGACGCAGAGAGGCAGGGCCAGGAGCUGCAAGCAGCACUCUCAGCCUAUCAGGGGCUGGGGGCAGGGCUGGAGGACCUGGCCUCAGCCUAUGGGCAGCUACAGGAGGCAGUGGAGCAGAAGAGGUGGGCCCUGCAGCAGCUCCACCCACUCGGCCUGUGACAGCAGUCACAGUCAUGUGACAGCAGCCAAUAA